AUACAUUACCACAUUCAAACACUAUGAAGAUCUUUGUUAAAUCCUCCUCUGGUUCGCCAGAUUCUCUCUUUUCGAUCACUAUUCCCGAUAACUCGAGUGUCAUGGACUUGAAGACGUCGGUGAUCAUUGCAGCUCCGAUCGCCGUUUUGCCCUCAGGCGCCAAGCCGUCUCUGUUCAAGCUAGUGUUCAACGGAAAGGUGUUGGAUAUCUUGUCCCAGAAAUUAGAAACCCUCGACAUUGUAGACCACUCCACGAUUAUCCUCGUCCACAACAACCAUUCGCUCGCGCUCCAGCUGUUCAACCCGUUGAACUCGCCGAUCAUAAAGAAGGUGGAACUCUGUCUUGCCCGGACAGAUUCGGCUACACUCUCCAAUACCCUCACACCUACCACAUCGCCCACCGCCGCCGCCGCCUCAGUCACCAAGCCCGGCAUCAAACGCAAGACCUUUUCGAAAAAGACAUGCCACUUCCUGCAGUGCCAUCAGCCGCAAGCCAAGUUCAUCGGAGACUGUACGUACUGUAACCACAAGUACUGCUCGAAGCACCGGUUAGUGGAGGAUCACUCGUGUUCCGAGUUGAGGCACUGCCAGGAAGAGUACAGAGCGAAGAAUGCAAACAAGUUGAUGAACGAACAGACCUUUGCCAGCAAGGUGUAGCCCAUUUUUACACAUGCGUCGCAAGGUUAUUUAAUAUUUUUUUUUUCUGGUAACCCUAUGACGUAUAGACAAGAGCAAUGU